AUGAUACAAGCCAAAAUGAUUCAAAAAGUGGAAGAUCUUGUGUGUUCAAUGAAUCACAAUCUUCCAAUCCAAAUGAUUAAUCUUGAAAAAAAUAUUCAAAGUAAUAAAAGGCUAUUAUGUGAAUUAUGCUUUACAAAUCAGAGUCAAGUUUGCAGUUUAAACGACUUUCUAGAACAGAUACAAAGAAAUCAAAACUAAAAGAAAAAUAAGGUGAAAGAACUCAUAGAUAUAAAUAGAAAAGCAAUUGAAAAAAUGGGAUAUUUAUUUGAUUCUUUGAAAAGUGAAGUAAUUAACUAUUUGGAUAAUUUCAUUAACAACACUAAAAUGUGGGUAGAAAAUCUAGUAUAAACAGGAUAACAAUAUUUAGCAUAUGAUUUCUAUAAGGAAAUGGAAAAAGAAAUAAAUGGAAAAAGAUAGACUUUAUUUUCAUGUUUACCACUGAUUGAUGAAAUAGAAAAAAUUAAUUAAUAAUAUGAAGGGAAAAUUAUUAGAAAGUUGAAGUAUUUUUAAUCAUUUAAGAAAAGUGAGUAAUUCGAAUAAGAAUUAAAGAAUUUGUAGAAUACUAAUUAACAAAUAUUGAUUGAAGAAUAGUCAGAGUUUAAUCCUAUUUAAUAACAGUUAAUUGGUGAAGAGGAUUAAGAAUUAUUGAAAUGUUAGUAAUUUAGAAUUCAGUUAAUUAAUGAUUCAAACAAAUAAUUAUCUAAUUGUUCUACAAUAGCCUUUAAUUAAACUGGUUCAAUAAUGGUUUCAAAUGAGAAAUCUGCUAUUAAAAUAUGGAAAUUUAGUGAAGAAACAUUAGAAUUAUUACAUUCUUAAGAUGUGCAUUAGGGUAAUAUAAAUUGCUUAGUAUAUAGCAAAUAACUUAAUAGUUUUAUUUCUGGAUCUGAGGAUUAAACUAUUAUUUGUUGGAAAUAGAGCAAUAAUUAUGAAUGGAAAAACUCGUAACCAUUUGAAGAACAUAGUGAUAGUGUUUUAUGUUUGAUUUUAAAUAAAUCAGAAAAUCAGUUAAUUUCAGGAGGAUAUGAUAAAUAACUAAUCUUUUGGGAAGUAGAUCUUAAUAAUAAUAAACUCAUAUAUAGUGAUUCUUACUAGAAGCAUGAGAAUUAAGUGCGCUAAUUAAAUUUCAAUUAAUCUGAAACUUUAUUGGCAUCUUGUGCUUUUGGGGAAAUAAUAUUAUGGCAGAAAUAAGCAAAUAAUAAAUGGGAACAUUAAUAAGUAAUUAAAUCAUCAAUUUAUGGAUUGAAACUACAAUUUAUCAAUGAUUCUAAAUUUCUUUGGGCAUCUUAUGGAAAGAGUUAAGAUAAAAUUUAGGUAUUUUCAUAAUAAAAUGGAAAAUUUGAAGAAUAGUUUAACUCUCUAAUCUAAUUAGAUUAGAAUAUUUAGUUUAAUGAUAACUCUUAAUUCCCUAUAAUUUAUAAUGAAGAACUCAAAAUAUUAAUAGUAAGACAUAAGCAUAAAAUAUACAUAAUUAACCAUUAAAAAUAAGAUAUAUUUACAAUUAUAUGUAGACACGAUUGUGGAAUUAAUAAUAUGUGUGGGGCAUUAACAAAAAAUGGCGAAUAUCUAGUUUUAUUCGAUUAAAUUUAAUAGUAAUUUUAGAUAUUCAAGUUAUUGAAUAAAUGAG